AGAUCAUUUCGGCACUUUGCCCCAUCUUUCGGGGCCGCGGCCCUGCACGGUCCGCCCGGGCCACCUGAGCACCGAUCAGCGGUCCGAGCACCACGGGGGCUCAAUGGAAGGAGCGAGAUGAUGAAGCGCAAGAGCCGUACAGAUGCUGGAUAUGCAGAAGCGGAGGCCACGGAGUCGAGGAGGAUUGUUCAAGAACAACAAAGCCUCCUGCGGCUCACCACGGAGGGUCCCAGCAACAUUGACAGCAAGGACUUCUGUGGCGCCUUUGCUGCGCUGGGCCUGGACAACUCCUGGGACUCGAAGGCCUUCAAGAAAGACUUUAAGAUUGACAUCAAGACCUUAACUGAUGAGCACGUUGUGUUCGACAUGAUCGGCAUAGACCCUCCCUUGGUGAAUGCUUUCAGGCGGGUCCUCAUCGCGGAGGUCCCCACUGUGGCCAUCAGCCGCGUGACGAUCCACCAGAACACUUCGGUGAUCCACGACGAGAACUUCGCUCACAGGUUGGGCUUGGUGCCAAUCAAGUUUGAGCCGGAUUUGCUCGAGAGCAGACAUGAGGAGGCAGAUUUCACCGACCAGGACAGCGUGCUCUUCAAGCUUCACGCCAAAUGCCCUCAAGGACAGAAGCAACUCUCGGUCUAUUCCAGAGAUUUGCGAUGGACGGAGCUUUCAGUGCAUCAGCGGGAGCAGCUCAAGGAGGCGCCUCCGGCACCGGUGGAUGGCGACAUCUUGCUGGCACAACUGGCACCAGGUCAAGAGAUCGAGUGCGACUGCUACUGUGAGAAAGGCAUCGGCAAGGACCAUGCCAAGUGGUCGCCGGUUUGCACCGCCUUCUACAAGCUGCACCCGGUGAUCCGCUUUGAGAAGGACAUCGUUGGCAAAGAUGCAGAAGAUCUGAAGAGGUGUUGUCCCAUGGAGGUCUUCGACGUGGAAGACGUCCCGCAGCUCGGGAAGCGCGCCGUGGUGCGGAACGCGCGGAACUGCACUACGUGCCGCGAGUGCUUGGAGACGUUCCCGGGACAGGAGAAAGGGCUCUUCCUUGGGAAAGCCAAGAAUCACUUCAUCUUUUCCAUCGAAAGCGUCGGGCAGAUCCCGGCACCAGAGCUCUUUGAGCGAGCCUUGAUCAAGUUCAAGGAGAAGUGUCAAACGGCCAAGGAAAACGUGUCGCACCGGAGAGGAGCAGCGACAAAGUGAGACCUGCGCAGAGUGCGACGGAGAAAGCGACGUUAGAGUGCGUCCUUUUGGACCAA